AUGCUGAAUGAACAGAUCGAGCAAAUGUUGGACCCACCAUCGCUGGAUACUCUAAAGAAAGCAAUUUCAGAUAAGUGUACAUUUCUAAAGAAUUAUAAACAGGAUAAGCAUGAUAAGAAACUAGGACGAAGCAAUGACAGUAAACAUGAAGGUAUAAAGAAGCGUUGGGUUAUUAAUACAUCCGAACAAAGUUUGACACAGCAUGAAAUUACUUUGCUCAGGAAAGGCAUGAAUUUCGCGUUAGCUCCUAAAAGUGUACCCACAAAGGAAAUUAUCGCUUCAGUGGAGCAAGGUAUAAAACAUUUAUCUAACGACGAAAAGAAUGAA